AUGAUGAUUUUUACAGAUAUAAAAGAGAUAAAUAUGCAAAUUCACAAGUAUACACCUAGAUCGAAAAAGAUAAAACAAUAAAACUAUAAAGCUGGCAAUUAAAAGUUGGAGACAUUAUUGAGGUUCAUGCAAAUUAAAGAAUACCUGCCGAUUUAAUGUUGCUCCAUACAAAUGAUAUAACAGGAACAGUUUUCAUUAGAGCAGAUUAAUUAAAUGGAGAAACAGACUGGAAAUUAUGUAAAGCCAUAAGACAUACUUAAAAUUUUGGUUAAAAUAAAAUUUAACAACUCUUAAUGCAUCAAUUACUGCGAACCAAUAAUUAAAAAAUAUUUGACAGAGGAUAAUCUUAAAAUUUUUACUACUUAAUAUGAGAAGGCAAAGAAUUAAACGGGAGAAAGAGAGGCUAGCUGUUCAAAAUUUUUGGACUCUUAUGAGAAUGAUUUGGAAUUAUUGGAAUUAAUAGGAGUUGAAGAUAUGCUUUAGAAAGUCAUUGAUGCAACAUUAGAAUCUUUGAAAAAUGCAGGAAUAUAAAUCUGGAUGUUAACUGGAGAUAAAGUGGAAACAGCUUAAUGUAUAGCAAUUUCAACUGGAUUGAAAAGUCCUACUUAAGAAAUGUUUGUAAUUAAGGAUAUAGAAGACUCUUUAAUCCUAAAAAAUGAGCUUAAUUAAUUUGCUCUAAAAAAUAAUAGCGUUCUAGUUUUAGAUGGAUAAUCCUUAAAAGUUUCUCUUGAGUUUCAGUAUACUGCAUUUUUUCAUGUAGCUUUAAAUUCUCAUGCUGUAGUCUGUUGCAGAUUCUCACCACUGAAUUGAUU